CUCUACUGAAUUCCAUUCUGUAUUAAUCCACUCUUUCUCUCUCUACAAGUUUUUAUCGAUACAGAGACAGAAAGAGAUUUCAUUUUAUUUGCUUCUUUAUGAUCAGUCAGAGAGAGAAUCAUUUCAUUUGUGAAGAGUUGGUGGUUGUGAGAUGCAAGUGAUAUUUGCAGUGAGUCAACAACGAUGGUGGGUUCAUGCCGACCCUUUCGCGACACAUGUGAUCGAUUCUUCCAUUUUUUCCCAUGUCUCUCCGAUCCAGCUCGGAGAUCUUCCUUGUGUUUGAAAUUUGCAUUGGUGAUGCUGCAUCUGAUCUUCACCGGCGUUUUAUUUCUCUUUGAUGAAGAUUUGAUAGACAAAACGAAAAGCGAACCAUGGUACACAGCACUAUAUACGUUUUUGUUUUUUGCUACAUUGGCUCAAUAUUUCUUUACCUCUGGUUCUUCUCCUGGCUAUGUUCUUGAUGCAAUGAGGGCUGCUACUGAGGGAGAUGCUUUAUUCAGAAAGACAUCAGUAACCUCAAAACAACCUGCUUCGAGCAAAAAUGGCAGCGUAGUUGUUACUGUGGAUGGGAAUCAAAUGGGCAAAAGUCUUUUAGGGAAUACCACAACAUCGUGGACAAAGGUGGUGAUGGACAUGUACCCUCUCGGAUCUUCCAUUAGAAAUUUCACAUGCACUUAUUGUAAUGUUGUGCAGCCACCACGAGCGAAGCACUGUCAUGAUUGUGACAAAUGUGUUAUUCAAUUCGAUCAUCAUUGUGUUUGGCUUGGGACAUGCAUAGGCCAGGGUAACCAUUGUCGAUUCUGGUGGUACAUUUGUGAGGAAACAGCAUUGUGCCUUUGGACUGUCAUCUUGUACAUUUCAUACUUAAAGGCUAAUAUAUCAAAGGCGUGGUGGAUAGACGUAAUCAUGAUAUUGCUGUUGGCUACUUUAUUGAUUUCCCUGAUUUUUCUUCUGCUGCUGCUCCUUUUUCAUAGCUAUCUUGUUCUCACAAAUCAAACUACAUAUGAACUUGUAAGACGACGGCGGAUCCCUUAUUUAAGGGGGAUUCCUGAAAGAGUGUAUCCAUUUAGUAAAGGAGCAUGCAGAAAUUUGUACAACUUUUGCUGUGCUCGAAGCAGCAUAUACAGUAUGGAACCACUACCGACGACACAGGAACUAGAAGAAAAGUCAAAACCCUACACAUGCUUGGAUGUUUUAUCUGGUCGAUGUUGCUGUUAAUUCUUGCAUUGUAUUGUUACUAUAAAUUUUCCCCCAAAAAUUUGUUGCGGUACCUUUGUAGAAGCAUUUCAAUGCAUCCAUUCGUCCACACAGCUUUGAGAUAUGGCAUUUAUAAUAUGUAGCUGUGCACAUGUAUGUGAAUCAUGCAAGUUGCUUUAGAUUUCUGACUA